AUGGCGCCACACCUCUACGAGAUCGGAACGCGCGCGUGGCAGCCCGAUGCCACCGAGGGCUGGGUUGCCUCGGAAGUCUCGCAGAAGAUCGUGGAUGGCGAGAAGAUAAAGCUAGUAUUCAAGCUCGAGAGUGGAGAGGAGAAAACAGUCGAAACGACCGAGGAAACCCUCCAGGAUGACAAGAAAGGGUCCCUACCUCCUCUUAUGAACCCUGCUAUGCUCGAAGCCAGCGAUGACCUUACGAAUCUGUCACAUCUUAACGAGCCUGCUGUGCUGCAGGCAAUCAAGCUCCGUUAUGCUCAGAAGGAAAUCUACACAUACUCCGGCAUUGUUCUCAUCGCCGCCAAUCCCUUCGCGCGUGUUGACUCUCUCUAUGUGCCGGGCAUGGUCCAGGUCUAUGCCGGCAAGCACAGAGCGUCACAAGCACCCCAUCUUUUCGCCAUUGCUGAGGAGGCCUUUGCUGACAUGCUUCGCGAUAACCGUAACCAGACCAUCGUCGUUUCCGGUGAAUCUGGUGCCGGUAAAACGGUCAGCGCAAAGUACAUCAUGCGAUACUUUGCCACACGCGAAUCGCCGGACCAGCCCGGUAGGCGGAAUAAGGGAAGGGCGGACACCAUGAGUGAGACUGAAGAACAGAUUCUGGCGACCAACCCCAUCAUGGAAGCUUUCGGUAACGCAAAGACGACCCGUAACGACAACUCCUCGCGUUUCGGUAAAUACAUUGAGAUCAUUUUCGACAAACAGACGGAGAUUAUUGGUGCCAAGAUUCGAGUAUACCUGCUGGAGCGGUCAAGAUUGGUUUUCCAGCCGCUGAAGGAGCGUAACUACCACAUCUUCUACCAGUUGAUUGCUGGUGCUACGGAUGCGGAGCGCGAGGAACUUAGUCUGCUACCCGUUGAGGAGUUUGAGUUCCUCAACCAAGGCAACGCCCCUGUUAUUGAUGGCGUGGAUGACAAGGCUGAGUUCGAAGCAACGAAGAGCUCUUUGACGAGAAUCGGCGUGAAUGACGCGACGCAGUCGCAAAUCUUCCGUUUGCUUGCGGCCCUACUCCACAUCGGUAACAUCAAGAUUACCGCCACCCGUACGGAUUCGUCGUUAUCCCCUGAUGAGCCGUCAUUGGUAAAGGCGUGUGCUCUCUUGGGCAUUGAUGCGGUUGGCUUCGCGAAGUGGACGGUCAAGAAGCAGCUCAUCACCCGUGGCGAGAAGAUCACGUCCAAUCUUACGCAGCAGCAGGCGAUCGUUGUGCGAGACUCCGUGGCUAAGUUCGUUUACUCGAGCCUCUUCGACUGGCUCGUGGACAGCAUCAACAAAAGCUUGGCCCCCGAAGAGAUCAUGGCCCAUGCGCGCUCCUUCAUCGGUGUUCUGGAUAUCUACGGUUUCGAGCACUUUGCCAAGAACUCUUUCGAACAGUUCUGUAUCAACUACGCCAACGAGAAGCUGCAACAGGAGUUCAACCAGCACGUCUUCAAGCUUGAGCAGGAAGAAUAUCUGAGGGAACAGAUCAACUGGACUUUUAUUGACUUCUCCGACAACCAGCCCUGUAUCGAUUUAAUUGAGGGUAAGCUGGGUGUUCUCGCCCUGCUCGACGAAGAGUCUCGCCUGCCCAUGGGUUCGGAUGAACAAUUUGUCACCAAGCUUCACCACAACUUCAGCGGCGACAAGCACAAGUUCUACAAGAAGCCGCGGUUCGGAAAGUCUGCGUUCACGGUUUGUCACUAUGCCGUUGAUGUCACUUACGAGUCGGAGGCCUUCAUCGAAAAGAACAGAGAUACCGUGCCCGACGAGCAUAUGGAAGUUCUCAAGUCUUCUUCCAACAAGUUCCUUACGGAUGUUUUGGAAGCCGCCGCGAGCAUUCGGGAUAAGGAGACCAACGGUCAGAACAACGCGAAGCCUGGAACCGCCGUCACCGCAGGGCGUAGGGUGGCCGUCAACAGGAAGCCCACGCUUGGAAGCAUUUUCAAGGCCUCGUUGAUCGAGCUCAUGAACACUAUCAACGCUACUGAUGUGCAUUACAUUCGUUGCCUUAAGCCUAACGAGGCUAAGGAGGCUUGGAAGUUUGAGGGUCCCAUGGUUCUCAGCCAGCUCCGUGCUUGCGGUGUCCUAGAAACCGUUCGUAUCAGUUGUGCUGGUUACCCCACGAGAUGGACUUAUGAAGAGUUUGCUCUGCGGUACUACAUGCUUGUCCCCUCUUCCGGAUGGACAUCUGAAAUCCGGGAAAUGGCAAACGCCAUCCUUCAAAAAGCUCUUGGAACCGAGAAUGGCGGCGAUUCUGACAAGUACCAGCUUGGUCUCACCAAGAUCUUCUUCCGUGCUGGUAUGCUUGCCUUCCUGGAGAACUUGCGCACCAGGCGCCUGAACGGAGCUGCGGUCAUGAUCCAGAAGAACCUGCGCGCCAAGUACUACCGCCGCAAGUAUCUCGAGGCCCGCGAGGCUAUCGUAUCCAUGCAGGCUGUAAUCCGUGGAUUCCAGGCAAGGCUGCGCGCGGACGAAAUCCGCCAGGUCAAGUCUGCAACUACUAUCCAGCGUGUGUGGCGCGGCUAUGUCGACAGGAAGAAGUUCCAGUAUAUCCGCAAGAGCGUUGUCCUCUUUGGAUCCAUUGCCAAGGGUUAUCUUCUCCGAAAGCACCUUCUGGACAAGAGAUACAGCGAUGCCGCGAUCAUCAUCCAGCGCAACUGGAGGAGCUCACGCCAGCUCAAGGACUGGAGGCAGUACCGCCGCAAGGUUGUCAUCAUCCAGAGCUUGUAUCGUGGUAGGAAAGCUAGGACGUACUACAAGUCCAUUCGUGAGGAGGCUCGCGAUCUCAAGCAGAUUUCGUACAAGCUGGAAAACAAGGUCGUCGAGCUCACCCAGAGCCUCGGUACCAUCAAGCGGGAGAACAAGGCGCUGCAAGGACAGGUCCAGAACUAUGAGAGUCAGCUUACUUCUUGGAAGAACAGGACCAAUGCUUUGGAAGCCAGGACCAAGGAACUGCAGGCCGAAGCAAACCAGGCCGGUAUUACCGCUGCUCGUCUGAGUGCUAUGGAAGAAGACUUCCAGAAGCUUCAGAACAACUACGAUGAGAGCACGGCAAACAUGCGCCGCUUGCAGGAGGAGGAGAAGCACUUGCGCGAGACUCUCCGCAACACCACCGAGGAGCUGGAGAGUACCAAGCGUCGCUCGAGCCAAGUCGAGACCGAAAAGUCCUCUUUGCGCCAGCAGCUGGCCGAUCUGCAAGAUCAGCUCGAGCUGGCCAAGCGUGCUGGCCCGGUCAACGGCGAGCUCACCAACGGCAACCACCACGCGCCGCCGUCUGGUCUCAUCAACCUCGUCACGUCAAAGAAGCCCAAGAGAAGGAGUGCCGGCGAGCGCAUCGACGUGGAACGCUUCAGCACCGCUUACAGUCCUCGGCCAGUUUCCAUGGCUGUGGCUCCCGCACAAGCUUCUCGCCAAAACUUCACUGGUGGUAGCAGCGCCUUCAGCCCUACUCUGGACAACAUCGAGUUCGAGCUUGAAAACCUGCUGUCCGACGAGGACGCCCUCAACGACGAAGUUACGAUGGGUCUGAUCAAGAACCUCAAGAUUCCCACGCCAAGCACCACUCCUGCUCCCAGCGACAAGGAAGUGCUUUUCCCAGCAUACCUGAUCAACCUUGUCACUUCAGAGAUGUGGAACAACGGUUUCGUCAAGGAGUCGGAGAGGUUCCUUGCCAAUGUCAUGCAGUCCAUCCAGCAGGAAGUCAUGCAGCACGAUGGUGAUGAGGCCAUUAACCCGGGCGCCUUCUGGCUCUCAAACGUCCACGAGAUGCUCUCCUUCGUUUUCCUUGCGGAAGACUGGUAUGAGACCCAGAAGACCGACAACUACGAGUACGACCGCCUGUUGGAGAUCGUCAAGCAUGACUUGGAAAGCUUGGAGUUCAACAUCUACCACACUUGGAUGAAGGUCCUGAAGAAGAAGCUGCACAAGAUGGUUGUUCCCGCCAUCAUCGAGUCGCAGUCGCUUCCUGGUUUCGUCACGAACGAAAACAACAGGUUCCUUGGCAAGCUGCUUCAGUCCAACAGUGCCCCGGCCUACAGCAUGGACAACCUUCUCAGCCUCUUGAACAACGUCUACAAGGCCAUGAAGGCUUACUUCCUUGAGGAUAACAUCAUUAUGCAAGCCUUUACUGAGCUUCUGCGCCUGGUCGGUGUCACCGCCUUCAACGACCUGUUGAUGCGUAGGAACUUCCUGUCUUGGAAGCGUGGUCUCCAGAUCAACUACAACAUCACCAGGAUUGAAGAAUGGUGCAAGAGCCAUGACAUGCCUGAAGGCACUCUCCAGCUUGAGCAUCUCAUGCAAGCGACCAAACUCCUGCAACUCAAGAAGGCAACCUUGAACGAUAUUGAGAUUAUUCAGGAUAUCUGCUGGAUGCUGUCACCAAACCAGAUCCAGAAGCUGCUCAACCAGUACCUUGUUGCUGAUUACGAGCAGCCGAUUAACGGCGAAAUCAUGAAGGCUGUCGCUUCCAGGGUUACUGAGAAGAGUGACGUGCUCCUGCUCGCCGCCGUCGACAUGGAGGACAGUGGACCUUAUGAAAUUGCGGAACCCCGUGUUAUCUCAGCUCUUGAGACGUACACGCCCUCAUGGCUGCAAACUCCUCGGUUGAAGCGUCUCGCCGAAAUUGUGUCUGCGCAAGCAAUGGCGCAGCAAGACAAGCUUGAGUUCGAGCCCACGAACGGCGAUAGCGAGCCUCAAGGCCUUGCCAUAAGCGACGUGGACGGCGUGUAA